AUGGUUUACUCCUACAAAAUGCAAGAAAUUGCAUCCACAAUGGGUUUCACGCUCUCCGAUUUCGCCGAUACUUUGGAACAAGAACGCACCAAAGUACUCAUGUUUCAGCGCGAGCUCCCUCUCUGUUUGCAGAUCGUUUCCCAUGCCAUUGAUUGCUGCAGGCAGCACCUAUCGGAGACGACGACGGAGAAUCGUCAAUCCGAGUGCUCCGACCAGACUUCCAGCGACAUGGGUCUUGUUCUUGAGGAGUUCAUUCCGAUUAAUGGGGUUUUUGAUUCUGAACAACCACGACACCUCCAUGAAGCUCAAACAGAGAACAACAAGAUGAACGACUCUGAUUUAAACAAUUUGAAUUUGCCUCCCUCCGAUUGGCUCAGAUCUGCUCAGCUUUGGAAUCAAACCUCAGAUCCUCCUCCUCUGAGUCAGGACACGACGGUUGUUGAGGUAAACAGAAAUGGAGGUGCUUUCCAGCCAUUUCAGAAGGAGAAAACCGGAGGUGGCGGAGGGAUGAUGUCGUCGUCUUCAGAUCCGGUUCCGGCUGUGGAGACGGGGUUAGGCGGAAGCAGCCGACGGGAAGAGAAGGAAGCACAGAAUCAGAGGAAACAGAGACGUUGCUGGUCUCCGGAGCUGCACCGGCGGUUCCUUCAUGCGCUUCAGCAGCUCGGAGGCUCCCAUGUAGCGACGCCGAAGCAAAUAAGGGAAUUGAUGAAGGUGGAUGGUCUUACCAACGGCGAAGUCAAAAGUCAUCUACAGAAGUAUCGUCUGCACACCAAAUGCCCCACUCCGACAAUCCACAACAACGAGACCGUCCAACCGCCCCAGUUCCUGGUGGUCGGCGGCAUAUGGGUACCGGCGUCCGACUACGCCACCACUUCCUCCAGAGAAGCAGUCAGCGCCGCUACCGCCAACGGAAUAUAUGCACCGGUGGUUGCAGCAGCGGCGCCGCAACCAUUACCCAGUACAGUUCAAAAGCCCAACCCCAGGCCCAUGAUUCCUUCCUCCUCCGCCGCCGCCACCGCCGCCGCCGAAUGUAAUUCUUCUACUACAUCUUCCUCUACUCGUACUUCAGUUUCUCCUGCUUCUUGAGCUUCGAAGGGUUGAAAUUUUGUUUUUUUUUUCUUUUUACUUUUUUUCUACACUUCUUUUGAUGUGUAAAAGUUUUGUUACAACAUUUUUUUUAG